GAGCUGUAUGGCUAAUAAUCAAGUCAAUGGAAUAAAUUAACAAUCGAUAAUGUCGAAUCCGAUGAAAAACGGACCAAGCAUUCAACAAGGAGACGGAAUGCAGGAUAUGUCACCUACUGAAGAUAUAUCAAACCUUCAGUGCAUCGAUUUCGAAGCUAGCACUAAUGGUAACAGCAGUGGUCAGCAACUCUUAACAUCUGUCACUUGUAUAACAGUUCGUAAUGGUGAAUGCUACAAUCAACAGGUCUUUGCGGAAAAUUCGGAAGUUUCACAAUCUCAGCUACCGCAAUGCAUUUCAAGGGUUAAAGAACGAUACGAUGGUGUAAGUAUUACCAUUCCAGUUGGUGGCACAUUAUCACGUGCACCACGAAAUAAAACUGUGAAACCAAAGUCUAAUGGAAAUGGAUUCAAAUCAACAUUAAGAGAACGAAAUGCUUCAAUGUACCUUAAUGAAUGGCUUGCUGAUGUUCACUUUGUUGUUGGCAUUGGCGAAAAUAGUGAGCGAAUUCCGGCUCAUUCAUAUGUUUUGGCAAUAGCAUCAGCUCCCUUUAAUGCUAUGUUUAAUGGUGGAUUCGAAAAGAAUGAUGAAAUUAAAUUGCCGGAUGUGGAACCAGUUGCUUUCAAAAUUUUACUGAAAUAUCUUUACUGCGACAGCAUUGAAUUGGAUCCCUCAAAUGCGCUUUCUACGCUCUAUGUAGCAAAGAAGUAUAUGAUAAGCCAUCUGGUGCAGACAGCCAUCGAUUUUUUGAAUUUUAAUUUGAAGGCAGAAAAUGUUUGCUUAUUGCUCUCUCAACGGCAACUCUUUGAGGAAGAGCACGAACUAAUGGAUAGAUGUUGGAAAUUAGUGGAAGUGGAUGCCGAAAGAGUUCUAGCAUCGGAUGCUUUCUGUGAUAUCGAUUUUAUAUUAUUUGACGAAAUUUUAUCACGUAAUACGCUUCUUAUCCGUGAAAAAUUGGUUUAUGAAGCAGCUUUGAAAUGGGCAAAAGCUGAAUGUGGCAGAAGAGAUAUAUCUGUUUCACAGAUAAAUAUGCGUAAUGUACUAAACAACGCUUUGUAUCACAUUCGUUUUCCCGCCAUGACGAUCUACGAAUUUGCUAAUGGCCCAGCUAAAAUGGAUUUGCUUACUUGUCAGGAAAUCAAUGAUAUAUUUUUACACUUUGCUGCAGAAGAAAAACCCCAGUUACCAUUCUUAAUAAAUAAACGCAGUGGCCUACAGUUGUUUUCAUGCCUUCGAUUUCAAACAGCUUUGGAAGGAACAAAUCAGUGGCGUUAUCGUGGUCGUUGUGAUAGUAUUCAAUUCCUAGUCGAUCGCCGCAUAUACGUUGCUGCUUACGGAUUGUAUGGUAGUAGUGAAAGAAGUUCACAAUAUACGGUUAAACUAGAAUUAAAGAAAGGUGAUGAAGUGUUGGAAAGUAGGAAGGCAGUUCUUACCUCAACGGGUUGUUCAGAACCAAUUUUGCUACAUUUCGACCAUCCUGUCCAGAUUGAGCCGGAGGUCAAGCAUACAGCAUCGGUUAUUAUGGAAGGCAAAAACUUGAGCUUUUUUGGCCAAGAAGGUAUGACAGAAGUUUCGGUUGCCAUUGAUAAGGAAGAAAGAAGUGACAACGAAGAAAACAAUAUUGUUAAUUUUUAUUUCACGCCGUCAGCUGACAGUAAAAAUGGGACGGGUGUUCAAGGCGGUCAAAUACCAAUUAUCGCAUUUUAUGCAUGAAAUUAUUUCUUGAAAGCUAUUUGCAGAUUUCCGGUUUCUAUCUCUGACCAAUUCCACUCCUGUCUUUCUCUCUUUGUUUUUCUUUAUCUAAAAACGGAACAAGGAAACUUUGUGCUCGGAUAAGAAAUUAAGCAAUUCUAACUUGUGCAAGAGACAAUGUUAUUUUAACAGAAGUUGCAAG